UCACAAAAUUUAUACCUGGCCGUUUUCGAAUCCUCUCACAAUCGCGAAGAGUCACAAUUAUAAUACCUCAGACUCUCCUCUGGUCAAAAAACAUUGGUCUGAGUUGAGAAGAAGUCCAGGAUCUGGUUUCGCAAAAAUGUCUUCCACUUCAACGAGUCAGGUCGGAAAAGACUUGCAAUCUCUCCGCAGCACCGUUGAGUCAACACUUGGAUUAUUACAGCAAUUCCAGACUUCUCUCAACCUGACUGCUACUGCUUCCACCGCCGUCAACGGGAACAAAAACGACCAUAACGACAAUAUCGAGAAUCAGACGCUUCCCAAUGACCUACCUAACCCUCUCGACGUGCUGCACACAGCCGGCACUCUUCUCAGAGCACACACGACCAAGCUCGGGCUGCUCAUGAUCAACAAACCAUUUACUCCGUCCGCAAUCACCACCGUGUUGCGCGAAGUCCAGACUGGAUGUCUGCCAGCAAUAAUGGGCGCUGUGGAAAUAUGCUGUGCCCAGAACGAGUCUACAUCCAAUUCGAGCUCGAAACCUUCGUGCAGCCAGACUCUCCAGACCGAAGUCCGCGCCCGCGUGCGCCGCGUCUUUGCCGAGCUUCCUCAUCUUAUGCACGAAAUUCUGCGCAUUGCUGAAGUUGGUCGUGGUACUGCUGCGUCGCCCGCGUCAGCUGCUCCUUCUCGGCAGGCUGGGGUCAUUCACGGAGGAAGCGACAGCAGAGACAGUCUGGCCUCUACUGGUGUCGUCUGGGACGCAUGCGAUUCUCUGAUGGAGCUGCGCGACAAGGGCCUCGCAGGAAUUGUCGUCAAGAAGGCAGAAGGAUACAGAGACAUGCUCAACGACGCGAUCACCGAGUUGCGCGAAUGGUCCGAGGAGGUCGAGUCGUCGGACGAUGACGACGAGGACGACGACGAGGAUGAUGCCGAAAAUAGUGAUGAUGACGAGGACAAUGCUCAGGCCAAAGAUCUGAAAGACGAAGACUUUGACGAUCUCUUUGCCUCGUCGAACAAGUUGCCGAAAAACGACACGAAACUUCGCGCGCAGCUAGAGUCGUCGCUGAAGAAGCUGAAACUGUUAAGUACGCUGUAUCAAGCGCUUAUCAAGAGACGCUUGCAGAGUGUCCCGACUGAGUCUACUGUUGGCACUGAUAGUGGAGAGGGAGAGGCAAACGGUGAUGCGUCCAGAGAAGACGAUAUCAAUGCGACGAUUGAUGCUCUUAUGGCCAAGCUGAAAGCUAUUCCCGACGGGACGGACGAGCUGGCUAAUGCAUUUUACGAGCUGGAUGGCGAAGAAGCUGCGUCCGAAAUGGACAAGUGUGUCAACCUCGCCAAGGAAUCAAUUGCUCUCGUGCGGACAAAUUGGGUUGGAGGAGGAGAUGAGUUCACCGCCUGGUCAGCAAAAUGGAUUGAAUUUGUUGAGAAGGCUUGAAAUGCUUCAAGAUUUGCGUCUCAUGCCCUUUGAUCUUGGCAUAUAUUGUAGUGCAUACUAGGCUCGUCAGUUUUAUUGAAGAAACGAAAAGCAAAAUUCGGAUUGCAAAAGUCAUAGAUUACGAUAUCCUGGAUCAAGAAAAGAAUGGAAUUGUUAUUUCUGCUUGAAAACAGGCCCA